AUGGAGCGGCUUGUUUUAUGUGUGUUGGUGUUCAGCAUGCUGGCAAAAGGUCACACCUGCCCAGGCCGAUGUAUCUGCCAGAACAUCUCCCCCACCCUGACGUUACUCUGUGCCAAGACAGGCCUUUUGUUUGUGCCACCUGGCAUCGAUCGCAAAACCGUGGAGUUGCGGUUAACCGACAACUUCAUCACCGCAAUCCGCAGAAAGGACUUCUUCAACAUGACCAGUCUGGUGCACCUCACUCUUUCUCGCAAUACCAUCAGUCAGAUUGUCCCUCAUGCGUUCCAGGGACUUAAAGCCCUCCGGGCUCUUCACAUGGAUGGCAACCGUCUGACCGUCAUCAAAAGUGAUCAGCUGAAAGGUCUGGUCAGCCUUCGCCACCUCAUUUUGGGUAAUAACCAAAUCCACCACGUCGCCCCUUCGUCAUUUGACGAGUUCGUUUCCACUAUCGAAGACCUCGAUUUGUCCUACAAUAACUUACGAACGCUCCCUUGGGAAGCGGUUGCCCGAAUGAUAAAUAUUAACACUCUUACACUGGACCACAAUCUCAUUGACCAUAUUGAGGCCGGAACUUUUACGCUCCUAACCAAGCUGGUUCGAUUGGACAUGACGUCCAACCGGCUGCAGAAGCUGCCCCCGGACAGCCUUUUCCAGCACGCUCAGGUGCUGUCGAAUGCCAAAGGGUCCAAUCCAUCCUCUCUAGCGGUGAGCUUUGGUGGGAAUCCGCUGCACUGUAACUGUGAGUUGCUGUGGUUACGCCGGCUGACGCGAGAGGAUGAUCUGGAGACUUGUGCCUCGCCAGAACACCUAAUGGACAAGUACUUCUGGUCCAUUCAAGAAGAGGAGUUUAUCUGCGAGCCCCCUCUCAUCACAAAGCACCACUCAACCAAGUCCUAUGUGAUGGAGGGACAGGGAGUCACGCUCAAGUGUAAGGCAGUGGGGGACCCGGACCCCGCCAUUCACUGGAGGUUUCCCGACGGCAAGUUGGUGCACAACAACUCACGCACCAUCCUCUACGCCAACGGAACCCUCGACAUCCUCAUCACCACGCUGAAGGACAGCGGAGCCUUUAACUGCGUGGCGUCCAACGCCGCCGGCAUCGCCACGGCAGCGGUCGAAAUCAACAUGAUCCCCCUGCCCCUGUUUGUCAACAACACGGGGCACAUGAGGGAAGCAGACCCAGGCCUCUCCGACAUUACCACCUCCACCAAGUCCGGCAACAAUGACACCAAGAACCAGGAUAAGAGGGUUAUGGUGGCCGAGUUGACCUCUUCCUCUGCGGUUGUCAGGUGGCCUUCAGAACGACAUAUUCCCGGAAUCAGGAUGUACCAGAUCCAGUACAAUAGUACCGUAGAUGACACACUGGUGUACAGAAUGAUCCCGUCCGCUAGUAAGACCUUCCGAAUCAGUGACCUCGCUCCGGGCCGUGAGUAUGACCUCUGCGUUCUGGCGGUCUAUGACGACGGGAUCACGUCUCUGACCGCGACCCGCGUGGUGGGCUGCGUCCAGUUCCACACGGCAGCCGAGGCCAACCAGUGCCGAUUUAUCCACAGUCCCUUCCUGGGCGGAACCAUGAUCAUCAUCAUCGGCGGCAUCAUCGUGGCCUCAGUCCUCGUCUUCAUCAUCAUCCUCAUGAUACGAUACAAGGCCUACAAUGGGCCCGAUGGCACCAAAUCCAAACCGGGCACCCACACGCACUCUCAGACCAACGGCAGCCAGCCGGCCGGGGUCUCUGGCUCCCGCUCCUCCAACAAGCUGCAGCUGGAGGAGGUGCGUCGCGUGGAGAAGGAGUGCAAGGCGCUGGUGCUUAAGAUGGAGAACGGAGACGUGGACGAGCCGGCCUGCAGCUCCUCCACUGUCCUGCAGGUGGAGCUGCCGCCCCUCGACUCAGAGAAGGUGCCGGCGAUGGCAGCGGCGUCCCUGAGACGAGCCAGCCUGGACGCGCAGGCCUUGGGAGGGCUGUCAGAGGACACGCAGACAGACAGCAGCCUGACCGGGUCCACCAUGUCGCUCUGUCUGAUCGGACCCGGCGCCGGGCCCAAUGAGGCUCCGAGGGUCAAAGACAGGAAAGGAGCUCUUGCGCAGGUGGGCCUGUUACCGGCCGAGCUGGCCCGGACUCGGCACCGGUUCUCCUUUGACGGAGACUACGCUCUGUUUCAGAGCCACAGUUACCCACGGAGGGCGCGGACUCGCCGCCACAAAUCCACCAAUCAGCUGAAUGUGGACACGUCUCCACCUGCCAGUCGCAGGGUCACCUUCAGCAGCACAGAGUGGAUGCUGGAGAGCACGGUGUGA